GUCGAUGUGCAGGGGUACGAGGUAGAUAUGUACAGUACAUAUGGGUAGGGGUAAAGUGAAUAGGCAACAGGAUAGAUAAUAAGCAGUAGCAGCUUAGCUAUCAUUCAUGUCAGCAGCACCACCCCUGGACAAGCUCACUCGUUAGUUUAGUGUAAAAUGAAUGAAAGUCUUGUUUCUAUGCAGAUUUGUAUUUUAAUUAAACCAUUCAAACCAGGUUCAUCUUACCUACAUUCUGUUUAACAUUGUAAUGCAACUUGAUAAUUUAUAUUCUGUUUCAAAUGUCUUCACAGGAAACAUUGUCAGACACAACCCGCUCCUACAUGUCAGCACUUCCUCCUUCCAUGAAAGGGUGAGAGAGAGUCAUUCUCUGUGCUGGUAGUGAGGAGGGAGCCAGUGGGACGACAGCAGGACAGUGUGUCACUCCUGUCUGUCAGGCCUGAAAGAGUAGGUCACCAUGGAGUGGCUAGUGUCAGCUGUAGAGAAGGACCUAGGGGUGGAUCGUCGGCAGCUAGGUCCAGGGCCCCGGCCUCAAGAGCUGGUGGCCCUGGUCCCCACCCGCUGGGUGAUGGGCCUAAGGGAGAGGAGGGUCAUCCGCUGUGCCCGUUCAGAGAGCGCCAGUGAGGCAGAGAUUCGCACCUACCUCCAGCGCUCCCUGGUGAAGCUGCCUCCUGGCUGGACCCGAGUGUGCAUCCAGGGCCUGAGGAAGAGCAAGCUGAGCUACAGGCUGGCAAGGGACCCAGGCUGCCAACUAGUCUCCCAGGAUUCUUUCAUGAAGACCAUGCAGGGGGUAUCACAAUGUAAUUUCAGGUAUUUUUCCAGUUUUAAUUGCAUACAUACAUAUUUUUUUUGUCCAUUUUAAUUGUGAAAUAACAGCAUUGUACAUUUAUUUCAAGAAUUUACAUAUAAGUUAAAAUUUUAAACUCCUAAUAAAUUAAUUGUAAAAUGUAGCCCUCAAAAUGUAAUACAUUUAUGGAUAUGUGUAAUAAAACAUGGUUGAGUCGUUACCGUACUCAUAUCUGUUUUGGUCCUUUCACAGAAACCUGUGGUGCGAGGCUCAUCACAGCCACGUGCAGCCCUAUGCAGGGGCUACGGAGCAGAUGCACGUAGCAGCCAUAGAUGCUGUGCGCCAAGCGCUGCAGAAGCUCUUCUGCUCUACGUUCGUCUCCAUCCCCGUGUCACCAUCCCUCUCCCCUGCCAGAGACAAGGACAAAGACAACCCAUUCUCCCCAAGCAGCGCCUCCUCCUCUAAGCACCCCUCAGACCAACUGUGUCCUAACAUCCUCCCUGCUGAGUGCCUACUGGAGUCAGCAGAGAUGCUCUACGUGGUUCUCCCCUACACCCAGUACUCACUCCACGACAUCGUCACCUACAGCCCAGCCAAGCUGGCCAACAGCCAUGCCAAAGUGCUGUUCAUCCUCUACCAGUUACUAAUCGCGUUGCGGGCCUGUCAGGCGUCAGGGCUGUCCUGUGGAGAGCUCUCCCUGCAGGACAUAGCGGUGGACGAGCAGCUCUGCAGCCGCCUCAAGGUCACCCUGGCCCAUUAUGAAGCUCUGGGGGAGGACAGAGAGGCUGACGGCUAUGUUACUGAGGGACAAGUGCCAAGAAGCAUCAAGGCGAGAGACCAGGGCCAAGGUGUGAACCGUGACCGUGAUAAGAGGCUGUGUAGAGAUUGUUUUGAUGAGCUCAAGUCCUUGGUCCUGGACUGGGUCCAUGGUAGAGUCAGCAACUUCCGCUACCUGAUGGAGCUGAACAGGUUAGCUGGACGGCGGGAGGGAGACCCUAACUACCACCCGGUCCUGCCCUGGGUGGUGGACUUCACUGUGCCAUAUGGGAGGUUCCGGGACCUCAGGCGGUCCAAGUUCAGGCUGAAUAAAGGAGACAAGCAGCUGGACUUUACCUAUGAGAUGACCAAAGAGGCCCUUGCAGCAGCGGUGGCUAACGGAGGUGGGGCAGUCAGUAUUAUAGGAGACCUGGGUCUGGGUGGGUCUGUAGGCGCCGGUGGUUCAGGGCAGUCUGAACACCUACACGUGCCCCAUCACAUCUCAGACGUGUUGUCAGACAUCACCUACUACGUCUACAGGGCCCGGCAGACACCCAAGUCAGUGCUGUGCAGCCAUGUCAGGUCUCAGUGGGAACCGAACGAAUACCCAGCCAGUAUGGAACGCAUCCAGAGCUGGACCCCGGAUGAAUGUAUCCCAGAGUUCUACACAGAUCCCUCCAUAUUCCGCUCCAUCCACCCUGACAUGCCGGAUCUGGAAGUUCCCCCAUGGUGUAACUCCUGUGAGGAGUUCAUCGAGGUGCACAGAUGCCUCCUGGAGAGCCGAGAGGUGUCUCAGCAGCUGCACUACUGGAUAGACCUGACGUUCGGCUACAAGCUGUCUGGUAAAGAAGCCAUCAAGGCCAAGAACGUGUGCCUGCACCUGGUGGACAACCACACCCAUCUGACCAGCUACGGAGUAGUCCAGCUGUUUGACCAGCCCCACCCACCCCGCCUUGCACCUUACCAGUACUCGCUACCUGAACCCCCUCUCCUGGGCCCCGCCACUCUCAACGUGCCUCCUCUACAGAUCCCACCGCUAGAUGCCGUGGUGGACGGAAUGGUCCCAGAGGCCACGGGGUGUGAGUCCAGUGGCUGGACCAUGGUAGACCGAGAUGAAGAGCUAGAACAAGGUAUGGAGGCUCUGGACUCACUCAGUGGAGGGGCCGCCAUUGGCACCUCCACUACCUCCUCUAUCCCUCUACCUCUCAUCAGCACCGCAAGGUCUGGGGGGAAGACUGGAGGAGAGCACCCAGCCAUGGUGGUGUCCCAGUCUCCCAGCUCUUUGCCUGGGGAGGGGACAGCAGGUAAUGCCACCAGCGCCCUGGGCUCUGGCAUACGCAGUGCCAUGCUACAGAGAGCAGGCCCCAUAAACAAGAAGCACGGAGAGGGGAGUGUGAGUGGUGCCACCAACACAGAGGACUUCAAGAUCACCCUGCCUGAGGGCUUCAGCCCCCUUCAACCUCUGGAAGAGCUGGAGAAACUGAACAACUUCUUGGUGAAGAGCCUGCAUGCACAAGUCUGGCACCAAUCUGACUCCAGGAAGGAGAGGACAGGAGCUCCACAAUGUCUCCCCUUGCUAGCAGAACUCUACCAGAGGGACAUGCAGGCUCUGGGCGUCCUCAUAGCAGAGAUCUUCUACUCGUCUAAACUGCGGGGCGUGAAACCAGGCACCCCCCUGAGUGAGCGCUUCCAGGCUGUGAUUAAUCUAUGUUCGGCCAGCCUGCGUGACGUGCCCCUGCCAUUGCAUCACGCUCUGGAGACACUGCUACAGCUACGCCAGCACUCCUUCAAAGCCAAAGUAGAGAAACCAUGUUGUCCUCGACCUCUUCUUUUUAAAUACGACCCCAUUUAUGAGGGUCUCCCUCCCCCAAACCCCUGUCAGUUACUGAGCCCCAUCCUCUCCCCUUUGCCUUUCCCCACCUAUUUCCCUGCCCUCCACCAUUUCAUCUACUCCUACCAUUCCAAGAUGGAGACCACCUGCAGCCUUCAAGGUCGCGAUGUGGUCUUCCACCUAUGGCAGCAGCUGGAGACACUGUUACAGGGAGUCAUCACAGCUGAGGGGCUGGAGAUCCUCCUGCCCUUUGUGCUGGCGCUCAUGCUAGAGGAGUCCACUGCUGUGUAUGCUGCCUGGUACCUGUUUGAGCCCAUCUCUAGGGUACUUGGGCCCAGAAACGCAGCCAAGUAUCUCCUGAAGCCCCUGGUCAGUGUGUAUGAGAACCCGCGGUGCCUCAGAGGUCGCUUCUACCUCUACACAGACUGCUUUGUUCUGCAGCUGAUCGUCAGACUGGGCCUGCAGGCCUUCCUGUCCAGCCUCCUGCCACACGUGCUCCAGAUCAUCUCUGGCUUUGAGAGCUGCAGCUCGGGAUCUGAGCCCCAAUGGGAGGCCAGCAAAGGCCUGAGGGGAGGGGCAUGUGACCUAGGAGAGGAGGAGGAGGACUACCAGGAAGGCAGGCCGUCCUCAGGCUCUGUGAGUGGGAAGGUAGGAGGAGGCAGUGGAGGGGCUGGGGGUGUAGGGGUGGGGGGAGACCCAGGGCUGGUGGACUACUCCUCAGGUAUCAGCCUCAACGACCAGGUGUUCCUCUCAGAGGGGGAGGAUUUCCAGAAUGGCUUCUACGUCAACAAUGGAACAGGGGGAGCUGCUGGGGGUAAACUGCAGAGCCAGAACUCAGCAGCAGGAGGCAACGAGCAGGACCAGGAGUCUUUGAGCGUGGGGAAACUGAGCGACAAGAGCAGCACUAGCGAGGUCUCUAUCGGAGACGCCGACUCCACUCGGGACCGAGCCAGUCUGAAGUCAGCUGACAGCAGCCAGGACCUGAAGCAGGCCAGCGAGGGAGAGGAGGGAGGGGAGCUGGAGGAGGAGACUGAGGAGGGGAAGGAGAGCGGGACAGGGGAGGGCAGUGGUCCCAACCUAGAACUGACUCUAUCUGGCUGCACAGAGGAGACAGUGGCCACCCUGGAGGGAGAGUUUGUCAAUGGCAUGGAGCUGGAGAACGCACAGAAAGACAUGGUGGGAGAGGAGGAGGAGGGAGAGCAUGACCCGUCAGAGGACUCUGAGGAGAAAGAGCACAAGAUCCUUCUAGGUGAGAUUCUACUAACAUACCAUAACCACUGUGUGUGUGUGUGAAUGAGAGCGUGUGGGUAGAUGUGAGUUUAGCAGAGUCUGUAUUGUGUAAUAGGCCUAUCUGACACAACUGUAAGUGAUAGUGUGAGAGAGAAUGGUCGGAUAGAGUGAGAGGAUAUCAGCACCCAACCACUCAUGUCCCUCCUGCAAUCUGAUUCUAGAAUUCUGCUCUGAGUUCCAGAACCCAGAACAAAAUGCUCUUGAUCUGUUAGAAUUUCUCUGAAUUACAGAGCCCAUUCUGUUCACAAUUCAUAACAGGAAAAGAUAAUUAUUGCUGAUUGCAUUUUUUAUUAUUAGGUUUAGAAACUUAAUAUGCGCUUAUCAUAUGAUCUUUGUUUUUUGCUGAAGAAAUAAAACAAAGUACAGUGUCUUGAUUAGCCAGUCAUUAGACAGUAUAGAGUUACAAGUUAUGACAGUAUACAGAGAAGCUGUCGGUUAUGGCCGUAGUCUAAAUCAUACAGCGUUCAUGGCACUCCCUUCACAUAGGGAAGAGCAGGAAGCCACUGAAUGUGGUGUAGUGACUGGAAUCAUCAUAGAGUCCAUAGCCCGCAGGGAGACGCAUGUACACCACGUCCCCCACGUACAAUUCGAGAACCACCGCGUUGGAAAUGGGCUCGUUGUUGCCACUGUGAAGAUUGUAGAUGCCAUUGUGCAUCACAUUCUCGACACCUUUGUACAAGUUUACACCCAGUAAAGCAGAGCCCCGGCGGUCCAUGGCAGUGAAUCUGAAGUAGUAGACUCCUUUCACUGGUGCUGUGAAGAUACCUGUUUCAGAGGGGAAAAUGGGGAGAGAUCAACAAUGUCUAUCUCUUAUAGACACUGGAGCAGCCAGCCAGUGAUGUUGGACUCAGUGUCUGUAGCUGGCCACUGUGGACCACAGGAGGUUGGUGGCACCUUAAUUGGGGAGGAUGGACUCAUGGUAAUGGCUUGAGUGGAAUGGUAUCAAAUACAUCAAACACAUGGUGUCCAUGUUAUUUGAUGCCAUUCCAUUUGCUCCUUUCCAGCCAUUAUUAUGAGCCGUCCUCCCCUCAACAACCUCCACUGCUGUGGACAUGUAGGUUGGUGUGUAAGCACUGAAGACGCUACCUGUAGUUUGGUUGUAGGCUGUGCCAGUGUUUGUGAUGACGGUUUUGUAGACCAAUGUGGUUUCAGUGUUGAAGGGUCCGAAAUACAUUGCUCCCGAGUUAGACAAAGAGGUGUAGAAUGCCACCUUGUGUCUGCCUGCGCAGCGGACACAGGAGAGAACAGGAUCAUGUUGAACAGGAUUUAUUGAACAAUAGUUACAAUUGUUUUCGUAAAAUUGGUGUUAAGUUCACAUCUGUUUUACCUGCAUUCUCGGUCUUCAGAUUCCACACCUGGCUCUCAUGGUUGUCAUUCUGGUCUCCAAGGCUAAAAUACCAAGGAAGAAAACAUUAAACAUUGAGAAACAAUUAGGCCAAUCGGCUCUAAAGUGCACUUGGAAGACCUCCCACAUCCCAAUGUCGCAGUCUGAAAUAUACCCUACCCUUCAAUGUUUGUAGCAAAUAUCUGGCGUAUGAAUGCCUAGACUGUUACCACAGAUCCUUUCACUAUAACAUCACCCCAAAAGUAGUCUUACUAUAAUAUCACCCCAAAGUCGGUCUCUUUAAUGACGUUAAAUAGGCCUAAUGUUCCAUUGUUCAUGUUUUCAACUUUAACAAGAGUUCCAAUAAAAUAAUCUCUGCUGUUUGUGUGGAGAAAAAAUGUUUUCGGACUGACCGUAAACUCACUGUGGGUGAAAAAACACUUUGGUGAUGAAGUUUCACUUCCUUAUGUUUAUAAAAUACAUUUUACCUACAGUGAGGGAAAGAAGUAUUUGAUCCCCUGCUGAUUUUGUACGUUUGCCCACUGACAAAGACAUGAUCAGUCUAUAAUUUUAAUGGUAGGUUUAUUUGAACAGUGAGAGACAGAAUAACAACAAAGAAAUCCAGAAAAACGCACGUCAAAAUUGUUAUAAAUUGAUUUGCAUUUUAAUGAGGGAAAUAAGUAUUUGACCCCUCUGCAAAACAUGACUUAGUACUUGGUGGCAAAACCCUUGUUGGCAAUCACAGAGGUCAGACGUUUCUUGUAGUUGGCCACCAGGUUUGCACACAUCUCAGGAGGGAUUUUGUCCCACUCCUCUUUGCAGAUCUUCUCCAAGUCAUUAAGGUUUCGAGGCUGACGUUUGGCAACUCAAACCUUCAGCUCCCUCCACAGAUUUUCUAUGGGAUUAAGGUCUGGAGACUGGCUAGGCCACUCCAGGACCUUAAUGUGCUUCUACUUGACCCACUCCUUUGUUGCCUUGGCCGUGUGUUUUGGGUCAUUGUCAUGCUGGAAUACCCAUCCACGACCCAUUUUCAAUGCCCUGGCUGAGGGAAGGAGGUUCUCACCCAAGAUUUGACGGUACAUGGCCCCGUCCAUCGUCCCUUUGAUGCGGUGAAGUUGUCCUGUACCCUUAGCAUAAAAACACCCCCAAAGCAUAAUGUUUCCACCUCCAUGUUUGACGGUGGGGAUGGUGUUCUUGGGGUCAUAGGCAGCAUUCCUCCUCCUCCAAACACGGCGAGUUGAGUUGAUGCCAAAGAGCUCGAUUUUGGUCUCAUCUGACCACAACACUUUUACCCAGUUCUCCUCUGAAUCAUUCAGAUGUUCAUUGGCAAACUUCAGACGGGCCUGUAUAUAUGCUUUCUUGAGCAGGGGGACCUUGCGGGCGCUGCAGGAUUUCAGUCCUUCACGGCAUAGUGUGUUACCAAUUGUUUUCUUUGUGACUAUGGUCCCAGCUGCCUUGAGAUCAUUGACAAGAUCCUCCCGUGUAGUUCUGGGCUGAUUCCUCACCGUUCUCAUGAUCAUUGCAACUCCACGAGGUGAGAUCUUGCAUGGAGCCCCAGGCUGAGGGAGAUUUACAGUUAUUUUGUGUUUCUUCCAUUUGCGAAUAAUCGCACCAACUGUUGUCACCUUCUCACCAAGCUGCUUGGCGAUGGUCUUGUAGCCCAUUCCAGCCUUGUGUAGGUCUACAAUCUUGUCCCUGAUAUCCUUGGAGAGCUCUUUGGUCUUGGCCAUGGUGGAGAGUUUGGAAUCUGAUGUUUUGCAGAGGGGUCAAAUACUUAUUUCCCUCAUUAAAAUGCAAAUCAAUUUAUAACAAUUUUGACGUGCGUUUUUCUGGAUUUAAUUGUUGUUAUUCUGUCUCUCACUGUUCAAAUAAACCUACCAUUCAAAUUAUAGACUGGUCAUUUCUUUGUCAGUGGGCAAACGUUCAAAAUCAGCAGGGGAUCAAAUACUUUUUUCCCUCACUGUAGAAUAAUAUGAUUAUUCAUGUUCUGAAUCAUUCAGUGGGGUCUUGCUCUAACAUAUCAUUAACAUUAUAUCCUAGCUCUGUUGAUUGCGGUGCAGGUUUCUCGUAACAACCUUUUGAGGAUUUUGCAUUUUGUGGUCGUUGUCUUCAAAGUUAUUUCCGCGGGUCACAAAAAGAUAAAUUAGCAUGACACAAUCUGAAUUAAAUGUAAAAGGCUUUGAAAAUAAAACGCUUGCUAUACGCUCAGUGCUCCGUUGACAUUUCACAGCGAUACGCUUGUUUUUGUGCGAAAUCUUCUAAAAAGAACAGGAAUUUCAAAUUUAAUAUGAAAGCGUUUACUAAAAUAUGAAAAUACUACAUGUUAUGUCUAAAAAUGUAUAUCCUUCUUACCUCUGUAUUGUUUGUUUUAUGUCCUGCGGAUUCGAGAAGAAAGAUGACGAGUUCAACGGGAAAGUAUAAUAAUAUAAUAAAUAUAAUAUAAAUAUAAUAUGCCAUUUAGCAGACGCUUUUAUCCAAAGCGACUUACAGUCAUGCGUGCAUAAACAUUUUUUUGUGUAUGGGUGGUCCCGGGGAUCGAACCCACUGCCUUGGCGUUACAAGCGCCGUGCUCUACCAGCUGAGCUACAGAAUCCAGCCUAGCUAACGCGAUGCAAUUUCCCUGAUUUUUGACCACUUUUUUCCCCUCAGGCAUCCAUUGAUUUAGUCACUAAUUCUGGCCAUUCUACUAUAUAUUAUCUUAACAUCUUCAACUGUUGUGAAAGUUGUAUGUUUUCUCACGUCACUCCUUGACUACAGUAGAUGUGUCAUACACAUGCACACUAUGUGGAUGAUAAGCACCUUUGGUUUGAGUUGGUUUUCGUCAAUGUCCUAUGAUGACAUAAGUCUCUCUUCAUCUCCUCCAUCUGUUUCUCACUGUCCCUCAAUUUGGCCUCCAUGUUUCUCAGCACCACUGUCUGUUCCACCACCAUGUUUCUCAGCGAUCUCAGCUCAGUCCAGAUGUCAGGGCUGAUACUUUCACUCCCUUUGACCCUCCCUCCACUAUCCCCCAGAGCCCAUACCCCAGACAGACAGACCAGCAACACCAGCAGAGUUACAGCAGCACCCUUCAUUCUUAAACAAUGCCUUGUCAUUAAAUCUCGACAGUAGUCUACUGGGUGAAAUGGUCUUCUUUACACACACAUCCAGAAAAGACCAAUUGAAUGCUACAGUGCUGGACUUUGCCCUGGAUAAAUGUAGCCUGAAAUCCAGACCUGUUUUUAGCUAACAUUACACUCCUUGUACUCUGUCUAAUGCCAAACAAUGUUUGGAGUGGAAUGUUUGCACAAACAGACUUCUACCCAGGCUAGGACAAAUGAGUGCUGAACUGAACUUUACCCCCACAUGAACAGGCAUUGCAGCAGAUUUCAAGUUGUAGUUGCUCAAUGUGUUUGAUGUCUCACCCCCCACUGGGGAUGGGCUUUGGCAGAGGGGGCGGGGGAUUUUGUUAAGAGAGAUUGGAAAGCAUUUUACCCUAGAACCCAAAUCGAUUAGCGAGAGAUUUGGUUUUGGGUGCUGAGAAUAUCAGUUGUCAUUGUUGUGUUGACUGUAUAACACUGCUAAUUGAUUUCUCCCUACAGACACUGUCUGCAAGACAGUUAGAUGGCUGUCUGCAAAGCUUGGACCCACUGUGACAUCUCGAUAUGUGGCCAGGAAUCUGCUCCGGCUGCUCACCACCUGCUACAUUGGUGAGUAACUGAUGGAUAGUCGGCACUGAAAGGACAGGAUUUUCAAAUACUGAAAGAGUUUGCUGUAACGGUUCAUACAUACUAUAUUACAGAAAACACCAAGUCACCACACUAUUGUCCUGGUUGAAAUGUGACACCAUCUGCCAGUUCACACUUCAAAAUAAAUUUGACUGUGCAUACCACAGAGAUCCUAUUAAAUUAAGAUAUCCCUAUUAAAUCAGAGAUUAUACAGUGAGGGGGAAAAAGUAUUUGAUCCCCUGCUGAUUUUGUACGUUUGCCCACUGACAAAGAAAUUAUCAGUCUAUAAUUUUAAUGGUAGGUUUAUUUGAACAGUGAGCGACAGAAUAACAACAAAAAAAUCCAGAAAAACGCAUGUCAAAAAUGUUAUAAAUUGAUUUGCAUUUUAAUGAGGGAAAUAAGUAUUUGACCCCCUCUCAAUCAGAAAGAUUUCUGGCUCCCAGGUGUCUUUUAUACAGGUAAUGAGCUGAGAUUAGGAGCACACUCUUAAAGGGAGUGCUCCUAAUCUCAGCUUGUUACCUGUAUAAAAGACACCUGUCCACAGAAGCAAUCAAUCAAUCAGAUUCCAAACUCUCCACCAUGGCCAAGACCAAAGAGCUCUCCAAGGAUGUCAGGGACAAGAUUGUAGACCUACACAAGGCUGGAAUGGGCUACAAGACCAUCGCCAAGCAGCUUGGUGAGAAGGUGACAACAGUUGGUGCGAUUAUUCUCAAAUGGAAGAAACACAAAAUAACUGUAAAUCUCCCUCGGCCUGGGGCUCCAUGCAAGAUCUCACCUCGUGGAGUUGCAAUGAUCAUGAGAAUGGUGAGGAAUCAGCCCAGAACUACACGGGAGGAUCUUGUCAAUGAUCUCAAGGCAGCUGGGACCAUAGUCACCAAGAAAACAAUUGGUAACACACUACGCCGUGAAGGACUGAAAUCCUGCAGCGCCCGCAAGGUCCCCCUGCUCAAGAAAGCACAUAUACAUGCCUGUCUGAAGUUUGCCAAUGAACAUCUGAAUGAUUCAGAGGAGAACUGGGUGAAAGUGUUGUGGUCAGAUGAGACCAAAAUGGAGCUCUUUGGCAUCAACUCAACUCGCCGUGUUUGGAGGAGGAGGAAUGCUGCCUAUGACCCCCAAGAACACCAUCCCCACCGUCAAACAUGGAGGUGGAAACAUUAUGCUUUGGGGGUGUUUUUCUGCUAAGGGGACAGGACAGCUUCACCGCAUCAAAGGGAUGAUGGACGGGGCCAUGUACCGUCAAAUCUUGGGUGAGAACCUCCUUCCCUCAGCCAGGGCAUUUGAAAAUGGGUCGUGGAUGGGUAUUCCAGCAUGACAACGACCCAAAACACACGGCCAAGGCAACAAAGGAGUGGCUCAAGAAGAAGCACAUUAAGGUCCUGGAGUGGCCUAGCCAGUCUCCAGACCUUAAUCCCAUAGAAAAUCUGUGGAGGGAGCUGAAGGUUUGAGUUGCCAAACGUCAGCCUCGAUACCUUAAUGACUUGUAGAAGAUCUGCAAAGAGGAGUGGGACAAAAUCCCUCCUGAGAUGUGUGCAAACCUGGUGGCCAGCUACAAGAAACGUCUGACCUCUGUGAUUGCCAACAAGGGUUUUGCCACCAAGUACUAAGUCAUGUUUUGCAGAGGGGUCAAAUACUUAUUUCCCUCAUUAAAAUGCAAAUAAAUGUAUAACAUUUUUGACAUGCGUUUUUCUGGAUUUAUGUUGUUGUUAUUCUGUCUCUCACUGUUCAAAUAAACCUACCAUUAAAAUUAUAGACUGAUAAUUUAUUUGUCAGUGGGCAAACGUACAAAAUCAGCAGGGGAUCAAAUACUUUUUUCCCUUACUGUAUGUGUCGUUUUAUAGUGCCUACUGUUGGAAAUGGAAAUGUCAGUAUAUGCGCUCUCUCUCAUCUCCCUCUAACCAACCAGGCCCUGAGAAGCACCAGUUUGUGGCUCCGGUGGCGUCGGAGGAGAGCAGCCUGGAGAGUGUUGGGAUGGGCAGUGUGUAUGAGAAGAAGCCUGUGGUAGGAGACCAGACAGCAGGACCAGUUCUGGACUGUCUCAUCUACAUCGCACACCUCUAUGGAGAGCCUGUACUCACCUACCAGUACCUGCCCUACAUUGGAUACCUGGUAAUACUGUCUUUUAUUUCAUUGCCCUUGCUAUGGUUGCAUCCCAAAUGGCUCCCUAUUUCCUAUAUAGUUUACUAUUUUUGACCAGGGCCCGGUGCCAUUUGAGACGCAACCUAUGUCAUAUACUUAGCUUUGUAUGGUAAUAGACAUGAGUAUUUCCUGAAGGCUCUACACAGUUUCACUACUGGAGGUCAUUCCUCUUUUGGCUCUGAGAGUUGUAACCCUGUAUGGUAUGUUAACCUUGUGUGGUGUGUUCCCCCCACCAGGUGUCUCCCCCUGUGUCGUGUCGUCUGAACACCCGUAAGGAGGCAGGUCUGCUGGGAGCCGUGGUUCUGACCCAGAAGAUCAUUGUGUUCCUGUCAGACUCCACCCUCAUGGACAUGCUGAUGAAGAUCAACCAGGACGUUCUGCUGCCCCUGCUGGACCUGCUCACCUCACCCAGGAUGGGGUGGGUAAACCUAACGCACCCUCACACAUACACAUACUAACAACUCAACAAGAUCUCAUAGUUUCCCUUCGGAAUUCGACGUAUUCUGGAUGAAGUCUCUAUUUUUUAUGCAUUAAUUCCACGUGGUCACAGGGUUAAGUUUAGGUAUUAUUUCCGAGUGGUUAAGGUUAGGGCUAUGGUUUGGGGAAGGCUUAAAACAAAAUAAUAAAAAACGACAUGCUAUUACCAUCAAGUAUCAAGUAUUCUCACGGCUUGCUAGAGCAUUGUGAACUGCGGUGGCGCAGUGGUCUAAGCAGUGUGCUCUGGCUUGGAGCAUCACGAGUUCGCGCCCGGUGCUGGGCAAUCGCUUUUUUGUUUUUUGUGAGCGCUGAGGAAGGCAUAUACAGUGCAUUCGGAAAGUAUUCAGACCCCUUGACUAUUUCCACAUUUGUUAGCUUACAGCUUUAUUCUAAAAUGAAUUAAAACAACAACAAAAUCCUCAUCAAUCUACACACAAUAUCCCAUAAUGACAAAACAAAGAGGUUUUUAGACAUUUUUGCAAAUGUAUUAAAAAUGAAAAAUAUACCUUAUUUACAUAAGUAUUCAGACCCUUUGCUAUGUGACUCGAAAUUGAGGUCAGGUGCAUCCUGUUUCCAUUGAUCAUCCUUGAGAUGUUUCUACAACUUGAUUGGACUCCACCUGUGGUGAAUUCAAUUGAUUGGACAUGAUUUGGAUAGGCACACACCUGUCUACAUAAGGUCCCACAGUUGACAGUGCAUGUCAGAGCUAAAAACCAAGCCAUGAGGUCGAAGGAAUUGUCCGUAGAGCUCAGAGACAGGAUUGUGUCGAAGCACAGAUCUGGGGAAGGGUACCAAAACAUUUCUGCAGCAUUGAAGGUCCCCAAUAACACAGUGGCCUCCAUCAUUCUUAAAUGGAAGAAGUUUGGAAACACCAAUACUCUUACUAGAGCUGGCCGCCCGGCCAAACUGAGCAAUCGAGGGAGAAGGGCCUUGGUCAGGGAGGUGACCAAGAACCCGAUGGUCAUUCUGACAGAGCUCCAGAGUUCCUCUGUGGAGAUAGGAGAACCUUCCAGAAGGACAACCAUCUCUGCAGCACUCCACCAAUCAGGCCUUUAUGGUAGAGUGGCCAGACUGAAGCCACUCCUCAAUAAAAGGCACAUGACAGCCCGCUUGGAGUUUGCCGUAAGGCACCUAAAGACUCUUAGACCAUGAGAAACAAGAUUCUCUGGUCUGAUGAAACCAAGACGUAACUCUUUGGCCUGAAUGCGAAGCAUCACAUCUGGAGGAAACCUGGCACCAUCCCUACGGUGAAGCAUGGUGGUGGCAGCAGCAUCAUGCUGUGGGGAUGUUUUUCAGCAGCAGGGACUGGGAGACUAGUCAGGAUUGAGGGAAAGAUGAACGGCGCAAAGUACAGAGAGAUCCUUGACGAAAACCUGCUCCAGAGCGCUCAGGACCUCAGACUGGGGCGAGAGUUCCCCUUCCAACAGGUCAACGACCCUAAGCACACAACCAAGACUACGCAGGAGUGGCUUCGGGACAAGUCUCUGAAUGUCCUUGAGCGGCCCAGCCAGAGCCCAGGCUUGUACCCGAACGAACAUCUUCGGAGAGACCUGAAAAUAGCUGUGCAGCGAAGCUCCCUAUCCAACCUGACAGAGCUUGAGAGGAUCUGCAGAGAAGAAUGGGAGAAACUCCCCAAAUAUAGGUGUGCCAAGCUUGUAGCGUCAUACCCAAGAAGACUCGAGGCUGUAAUCGCUGCCAAAGGUGCUUCAACAAAGUACUGAGUAAAGGGUCUGAAUACUUAAGUAAAUGUGAUCUUUCAAAAAAAUAAACUGCUUUUGCUUUGUCAUUAUGGUGUAUUGUGUGUAGAUUGAUUGAGGGGGGAAAAAACAAUUUAAUCAAUUUUAGAAUAAGGCUGUAACGUAACAAAAUGUGGAUAAAGACAAGGGGUCUGAAUACCUUCCGAAUGCACUGUAUAAAGUUCCAGGGAUCUUUUCAAAUGUCUGAAAUCUAAGUAUAUUUCUAGUGAUCAGGCUGAACAACUAACCCUAUUGGAACUGGUCACCUAGCCCAGGAUGGGGAAACCUAAUGCACCUCACAACACAACACACUCUAAAGGCAGUUUUUACUGUAGUUUCCAUUUGUUUACCAGAAGGUUAACUGAACAAAAAUGUAAACUCAACAUGCAACAAUUUCAAAGAUUUUACUGAGUUACAGUUCAUAUAAUGAAAUCAGUCAAUUGAAAUAAAUUGAUUAGGCCCUAAUCUAUGGAUUUCACAUGACUGGGAAUACAGAUCACCUAAAAAAAAAAAAAAAAGAUAGGGGCGUGGAUCAGAACCAGUCAGUAUCUGGUGUGACCACCAUUUGCCUCAUGCAACGCGACAGCGCGAUCAGAACCAGUCAGUAUCUGGUGUGACCACCAUUUGCCUCAUGCAGCGCGACACAUCACCUUCGCAUAGAGUUGAUCAGGUUGCUGAUUGUGGAAUGUUGUCCCACUCCUCUUCAAUGGCUGUGCGAAGGUGCUGGAUAUUGGCGGUAACUGGAACACUCUGUCGUACACGUCGAUCCAGAGCAUCCCAAACAUGCUCAAUGGGUAACAUGUCUGGUGAGUAUGCAAGUCAUGGUAGAACUGGGACAUUUUCAGCUUCCAGGAAUUGUGUACAGAUCCUUGUGACAAGGGACUGUGCAUUAUCAUGCUGAAACAUGAGGUGAUGGCGGCAGAUGAAUGGCACGACAAUGGGCCUCAGGAUCUCAUCACGGUAUCUUAAAAUUGCCAUUGAUAAAAUGCAAUGUGUCAGGAGUUUAUGCCUGCUCAUACGAUAACCCCACCGCCAUCAUGGGACACUCUGUUCACAACGUUGACAUCAGCAAACCACUCACCCACACGAUGCCAUACACACUGUCUGCCAUCUGCCCGGUACAGUUGAAACCGGGAUUUAUCCGUGAAGAGCGCACUUCUCCAGCGUGCCAGUGGCCAUCGAUGGUGAGCGUUUGCCCACAGAAGUCGGUUACGAUGUCAAACUGCGGUCAGGUCAAGACCCUGGUGAGGAUGACGAGCAUACGAUGAGCUUCCCUGAGACAGUUUGACAGUUUGUGCAGAAAUUCUUCGGUUGUGCAAACCCACAGUUUCAUCAGCUGUCCGGGUGGCUGGUCUCAAACGAUCUCGCAGGUGGAGAAACAGGAUGUGGAGGUUCUGGGCUGGCGUGGUUACACGUGGUCUGCGGUUGUGAGGCCGGUUGGACAUAUUGCCAAAUUCUCUAAAACGACGUUGGAGGCGGCUUAUGGUAGAGAAAUGAACAUUCAAUUAUCUGGCAAAAGCUCGGCAUGCCAAUUGCAUGCUCCCUCAACUUGAGACAUCUGUGGUAUUGUGUUGUGUGACACAACUGCACAUUUUUGUGGCCUUUUAGUGUCCUCAGCACAAGGUGCACCUAUGUAAUGAUAAUGCUGUUUAACCAACUUCUUGAUAUGCCACACCAGGUAGAUGGAUUAUCUUGACAAAAGAGAAAUGCUCACUAACAGGGAUGUAAACACAUUUGUGCACAACAUUUUAGAAAUGUAUGGAAAAUUCUGGAAUCUUUUAUUUCAGUUCAUGAAACAUGGAACCAACAGUUUACAUUUUGCGUUUAUAUUUUUGUUCUGUGUAGCAUCAUACCUUGGAGACUGAAACAUAUGCAAGGAAACAUUUUCUCACAUAAAUUGACAUAGUGUUACAUUGAGUUGAAAUAGUCAUAAUGUGAAACAGGGUUCUAUUGAAUCUGCCACUCUGUGUUCUGUCCUCAGGUUCCCCAGUGGAGUGCAGACACGUUCGGCUGUGUGUCUAAAGACCCUCAGCCUGAUGGCUCUCAUCUGUCUGCGCAUCGGGAGGGAGAUGGUGCAGCAACACAUGGUAGAAACCCUGAAACGCUUCUUCACUGUCUUCUCCCUGCUGCAGUACCUACAGGGACAGGUAAACACAGGCCUGACACUGUAUAUAUUAAACACAAAAAUGUUUAAGUGAAGUUUGGCUGGUUAAAAGCCAGGAAAUUCAAAUAUAGCAGUUUUGAUAUGUGAGCUAAAUGUUUUAACAUAUGUUAAAUGGUGAGAUUUUUAUUAUUUCAUUCCAUUGACCUGUUCUGUCCUCUCCUCUGUGUGGUGUAGAUGGACAGUGCCCCCCGCAGGGAGGUGGGAGAAUACAUCCUGCUGGACGUGCGUACGCCAGAUGGGUCAGAGGUGACGUGUGAGCUGGGGGUUCUGGAGGAACUGCAGGCCGUGUUUAACCCUGAGAUGGCUUACGCCUCCUACAUCCCCUUCUACUGCCUCAUAGGUGAGACACACACACACACAGGCAGACAGACACACACAGAGACAGGCAGACACAUACAAAGACAGGCAGACACACACACACAGACGCAUGUGCAGCACACACACCAGUUUAUAAAUGCAUACAAUCCAUCUUAAAAUCUGAAUUCGACAUGUUCCUUACAUGUCCUUGAUGGUUCUCAAAGCAUUGUGUCCUUUGGCCCUCCCAGGCGAUGUAGCGAUCCGUAAGCUUGUUUCCAACCACGAGCUGGUCUGGAGGUUGGCCCAGUCCUACCACUCCAGGGUGAGCCCUGGCAGUCCGGAUGCCAACCCCCCAGCAGGGUCCAAGGACAGGGUAGAGAUGCCCCCCACCACCUCCUCCAUGGGCCCCUCCCCUGGUCUGGGACGCCAUGUGGGCCGCAGCCCCUUCCCUGCCCCCUACAACUCCUCCACCCCCCUGGGCUCAGACACCCUCCCAGAGUCAGGCACCUUUGGCAGCCAUCUGGUGGGCAACCGCAUCCAGGUGGCCCGGGACUCUGAGCCGGGGGGUGGGAGCCCCAACCUGGGCUCGUUAGACAACUGGGGCCACCCCCGGCCUAGUCAUACUCAGCCUGUCAUCACGUCUGCCUCCACCUUCACCACUCCAUCCCUGGGCCCCUCCUCCUCCUCCUCCUCCUGGGUGGUGGGUCCUACCCCCGAGGACAGCGCUCUGAAGCAGGAGCUCCCUCGCAGCGGCCGCUCCCUGCAGGGCAACUGGCUGGCCUACUGGCAGUAUGAGAUUGGUCUCAACCAGCAGGAUCCCCACUUCCACUUCCACCAGAUCCGCCUGCAGAGCUUCCUGGGCCAUUCGGGCACGGCUAAGUGUUUGGCACCGCUGGCUGGAGAGGACUACUUCUUGUCUGGCAGCAAGGACAAGACGGUGAAGCUGUGGCCCCUCUAUAACCAUGGCGAUGGGACGCGGGAGGUGGAGCCAAGGCUGACCUACACAGAUCAUAAGAAGUCUGUGUUCUAUGUUGGCCAACUGGAGGCGCUGCAGGAGGUAGUCAGCUGUGACGGCACCGUGCACCUCUGGGACCAGUUCACAGGUCAGUGGGGAGGAGACGUGUUAAGUUGAGUCUCUGCUUCUGUUCUGUUGGAGUACACAGAAUGUUUUUCAUUUAACUGAGUGAUUUUAUUUUAAUACCACUACAUAUUGAAUUAGAAUUAAUAAUAAGAAAUUAGGUAAAUAAAAUGUGAAUGCUUCAGAACAUACAGUAUUGGGAAAUAAAGCUCUCCUCUCCCUGUGUGUGUCCAGGUAAACAGAUCCGCUCCUAUGAGGCCCUGGAUGGGAAGAACCCCAUCACAGCAGUGACCACCAUGCCUGCUCCUCACUGUAGUGUGGUGUUUGGCAGUGCAGACUCUGUCCUCCGCUUCAUCGACCCACGCAAACCAGGCCUGCAGGUACCUACCAAACCCAGCUAGAGGAGAACUACCCUGCUCACUCCCCUGUUUAGUCUCCAUCCUUUUUAUGUUAAUCUAGUGGUCUGGUCAAAAGUAGUGCACUAUGUAGGGGAUAGGGUGCCAUUUGGGACGGGACCAUGAUUUUCGACCUUUCUAUCCCAUCAGUGUAAUGUAAUAGAAUAGCUUUUGCCUAUUGCUUCUUCUCUGUCUAUUCUUGGCCUGCCUGAUAUGCCAGAGACAAUGCUCUUCCCAUAAAAAUAGAACACUCUUAUAAUUUAUACACUUAUGCUUAUAUUGUCUAUGGCUCUCCCUGUGUCCCCCCCCAACCGGGCAGCAUGAGUUCCGGUUGGCGUACAACAACGUGAGUGCCGGCCUGAUCCGCUACCUGGCCGUGAGCCCUGGGGGGCGUACCGUGGCUGCAGGCUUCUCCUCUGGCUUCAUCGUGCUGCUAGACGCACGCACAGGCCUGGUGCUGAGAGGCUGGCCCGCUCACGAGGGAGACAUCCUGCAGAUUAAGGUAGGUGUAGGUGUGUGUGUAUUGGUAAUUUCACAGUGACUAUUACUAGAGCAGUGGUUUCAAAUGAGUACAGAUUCAUGUUCCUGUUGGAUAGUGAUUAUUCUUUACUGUGGUUAGCUAUUGGAUUUGACCAGCGGCAUAAAGAAAGGAUAUUGGGGGAUAUAAAGUGAACCUUGCCUCGCAGCACUGACUGCUCCCACUCUCUCACACAGUCAGUUAUUUGGCCCGCAGGGCUUUGUUACGUUAUGGGCCUUUUCCCAUCAACAUGUUUCUGCUGCUAGUCCCAAAUGGUACUCUAUUCUCUCCCUUUGGGCCCUGGUCAAAAGUAGUGCACUAUACAGGGAAUAGGAUGCCAUUUCAGACGCAGCCACUUUCUCUGGCCAGUCAGUCCUUCACAUGUUCCUCUCAGGGGAGUAUUUAGGGCUCUGAAAUGUUGAUCAGUCAGUCAGCUGAUAUAAAUGAGAGGCAGAGUUGCUGCUAGCUGUUUUAUUCUGCUGUUCCAUAUUGGUGGUGGUGACAUUUUAACAUGAGUGAAGUGACAGUUGUUCCCAGAUGGUUUGUUCAGAAGCAGUCAACAAAGCACUAGUGCUGAGCAAACUUGAUUUAACCCUGAUUGGUGGGGUCAAGGAUUGUGUCUCUGGCUUUAGAGGCUCAAGUUCAUGUAAAUAUGGACAGGAGUUACUCAUUAGAAAGGCUAUACUGAGUCUCACUGGUCCAUCCAGAAAUGACCCAGACACCUCAUUGCUGUAAUAUUUAUGGUUUACUCUGUCAAUACUCCCAUGUUUGAGGUGCGCUUUUGGCUGGAAACGGUGCCACUCCUCAAUCUAACACACCUCGAUACCACUGGUGAUAGUAAUGUCCAGGCAAAGAAUAUGAACAUACAAGUGCUCUUUGUCAUCCAGUUAUGUGAGCGUGGGUAUGUGUUUGUGAGUGUACACACAAUGCCCUGUUACUCUGGUCUCUGACUGUGGUCUCCUGUGUAUUUUGCAGGCUGCUGGGGGAAAUCUGAUCAUCAGUUCGUCCACUGACCACACUCUGACCGUGUGGAAGGACCUGGAGCACAAGCCCCUCCACCAGUACAAGUCUCCCUCCGACCCGGUCCAUGCCUUUGACCUGUACGGGGCAGAGAUUGUGGCGGGCACCGUGGCCAACAAGAUAGGGGUGUACUCCAUGAUGAACAUCUCUGCCAGCCCGGCCAGCAGCACCAAGCUUAGCUCUGAGAACUUCCGUGGGACCCUCACCAGCCUGGCUGUGCUGCCCACCAAGAGGCUCCUGCUGCUGGGUUCAGAGAACGGGGCCAUCAGGCUGCUAGCAUAG